AAAAACGUAAUUUACCGACCAAUAUCAGAUUUGUAGUUUUUGCUAAUCAGAUUCCGUAAUUUCCCAGUCUCUGUCUGUGUUGCUGCCUGUCGUCGAUUUUUCAUAUUUACAUCUGAAGAAGUCUCGACCUGAAAGCGAGAGAGAGAUUGCUUGAACCUUGAAAGCGAAACAUCAAUGGCGACCUUCAUCAAGCUGGAAGAUUCCCCAAUGUUUCAAAAGCAGAUAUAUUCUCUAGAAGAGACAGCUGAUGAGCUGAAAGAUCGCUGCCAAAGAUUAUACAAGGGAUGUAAGAAGUUUAUGGCAGCUCUUGGAGAAGCAUGUAAUGGAGACAUCGCCUUUGCAGAUUCUUUAGAAUCAUUUGGUGGUGGACAAGAUGAUCCCGUUAGUGUAUCUAUUGGAGGUCCAGUCAUAUCCAAGUUUAUUAAUGCAUUUCGGGAGAUUUCCAGUUACAAGGAGCUUCUUCGUUCGCAAGUAGAGCAUGUUCUCCUUGAUAGGCUGAUGCAAUUUAUGACUGGUGAUUUGCAAGAAGCAAAGGAGUCUCGUCGACGCUAUGACAAAGCUAUAUCUUCUUAUGAUCAGGCACGUGAAAAAUUUGUGUCAUUGAAAAAGAGCACACGAGGAGAAAUUGUUGCAGAACUGGAAGAGGAUUUACAGAACUCAAAAUCGGCAUUUGAAAGAAGCCGCUUCAAUUUAGUAAGUGCACUGAUGAAUGUUGAAUCCAAAAAGAAGUACGAGUUCCUGGAGUCUAUAAGUGCAAUUAUGGAUGCCCAUCUGAGAUACUUUAAGCUAGGUUAUGAUUUAUUGAGCCAAAUGGAACCAUUUAUUCACCAGAUUCAAAUUAUCAAACAAGGAUACCUCUUAAAACGUUCCUCAAGUACCAGGGGAGAUUGGAAAAGGAGGUUUUUUGUACUCAACAGUCAGGGAACUUUAUAUUAUUACCGAAACAAGGGUGCAAAACCGACAGUAUGUUCUUCUGCCUUAGUAACAGUCUAUGAUUUGUUCAACAAAAUUCUAUCAAAAAUGGAUGCUGAGGAUACAGAUCUUCGGCUAUGCUUCAGAAUAAUCUCUCCACAGAAAGCUUACACAUUGCAGGCUGAAAAUGGAGCAGAUAGGAUGGACUGGGUAAACAAAAUUACUGGAGUGAUCACGACACUUUUCAAUUCCCAUUUCCUGAAACAGCCACAUGCCGGAGCAAAGCAUCUGGAGAAAAGUGAUUCUGGUUGUGGGGUUUCUGAUGUUCUUUCACUAGAUAGACUCAACAAUGAUGCAAGAAUUAGUGCUGAGGACUCUGUUUGUGUGAUGCUCAGAGAAAUUCCUGGAAAUGAUCUAUGUGCAGAGUGCAGUGCUCCGGAACCGGAUUGGGCAUCUCUUAAUCUUGGCAUUUUGUUGUGCAUUGAGUGCUCUGGUGUUCACAGAAAUCUUGGUGUUCAUAUAUCAAAGGUGCGAUCUCUUACAUUAGAUGUGAAGGUGUGGGAGUCAACAAUCUUGGACUUAUUUCGCAGUUUGGGCAAUGCUUACUGUAAUUCAGUAUGGGAGGGACCGUUCCUACUUGAGACUGGAAGUAUGGAUAAAUCAAGUGAUAGGGACAUAUCAAUUUCCAAACCAAGCCCCAAAGAUUCCAUUUAUCUCAAGGAGAAAUAUAUUCUGGCAAAGUAUGUGGAGAAAGCUCUGAUCAUCAGAAAUGCACCUCUAAGAGGUGAUUUCUCCCCCACCACAAGCAUCUGGCACGCUGUUAAAACUCAUAAUUUAAGAGAAGUUUAUCGCCUCAUUGUGACGUCAGAUACAAAUAUCAUCAAUACCACCUUUAAUGAUGUUUUUGGUAUUGACUCGUAUCACCAUGUUGUUGAGGCAUGUGACAUAGAGCCUAAUUCCCAUGAAGUUCAGAGGAAAGAGUAUGAUCCAUCAGCCUGCCAAAGGAUCAAGGAUUCCAAUGAACCAGGAAACUGUCUUCAAGGUUGUUCAUUGUUGCAUCUAGCAUGUCAUUGUGGCAACCCAGUGAUGGUUGAACUGUUGCUGCAGUUUGGUGCUGACAUAAAUAUGAGAGAUUUCCAUGGAAGGACUCCUUUGCACCAUUGCAUAUCCUCAAGAAACAACAUAUUUUCAAAACUUCUUCUAAGAAGAGGUGCUCGUCCAUCAAUCAAAGAUGGUGGGGGACUAAGUGCACUGGAAAGAGCAAUGGAGAUGGGAGCAAUUACUGAUGAGGAACUAUUCAUUAUGCUUGCUGAAUCCUAGUAAAGGAACACAUCUAUGGAAGGUUUAUUUCCAUCCUGGAACUGUACUGUUAUACAUAAAACCUUUCAUUCCCUUAGGCUUUGCUUUGUUUGUUUGUUUGUGUUUUUUUUUUUUUUUUCAAUCUUUAUUUUUUAGGAAAUCCCUUAAGAUGUGUUUGAACCCUGGGAAAUCUGAGAGAUGGGAUGGAAAAAUUGUAAAGAAAAUAAUCUUCCUUAUGUUUGGUGAUCAAUAAGUUGAGAGAAAAACUUGCUCUCCAAGCUUGUGAAUGCUCUUAAUUUAAACUCUUUACUCUCAAGGUGAGAUUUGAGCUUGGAACA